GUUUGCAGACCCCAUACAUAGGGCCCUACGAGCCUACGGCAUGCAGCCGGUAGCCUUGCCCCUGCCUCCCAUAGGCAUACCAUCUAGGUAAUGGUAAAACGAUUGGCGACAGUAAACAAUGGUGCAGACGAAAUGCCUAGCGGUGUUAUUCCUUAUUACUGUCACGGCAACAUGGCAACAGCAAGCAGAUGCCUGGCCGCAUAGGCGGCAGCUUGUGUCAAGCUCGACGUCAGAUUUACAUAGCUUACCCAGCUUACGGGAUGAGGAAGGAGCUUCGGGCAGACAUGAAAUGUCUGUUGGGAGCAUCCCACAGCCGCAGCCGAUGCCGAAAAAUACGUCCCCGACGCAUGUCACUUCAUGGAAACGAAGAUUGCUUGGAGAGGUGGACAUACCAGUAUACUCCGAGCUACUAACUUAUUUGGACGCCAUGGAGCAGCAGCAGCCGGUAGACUGCAAGGCGGCGGUUCGCAACCAGUCGCGGCCCACUCCUGCGGACCUGGGCUUGCAAACCUUGGACACCAUGCAGGAGCUGGAUACCCUUCCUGCUCGGAUUGCCUUCAUAAACCUGCUAGCAGACCAGAUGUGCAGCAAUAGCAGCAGCAACAGUAACAGCAGCAGCAACGGUAACAACAGCAGCAACAGUACCGGUAAUAGCAGUAGCAACAGCACGCCUGCGGGUACCACACGCGUGGCAAUGUUCACUAUGUGGUACGGCAAUUUGUGGGGGCUUCGGAGGUCACUGCUGCCGUGGAUGCAGUGGCAUCUGCAGCUGGGGGUGUGCAGGUUCUAUCUCGCCUUCCAGGGCCGCGAUACUGAAGCCUUCGCAGCCCUCAACCAAAUCUCCCCCUCGCUGCUGCAUCUCAUCCUCUUCGCGCCGCCCUUCGGGUCGCCGGACGCCGUACAAAAGUACCGUGAAGCCGCUGCUACUCACGAGUGGGGCGUGAGGCCGGGCAACUGGCGCAUGAUGUUCAAGCAGUCCCAUGGAGGGGACAUUGCGUUCGCGUUGGCGAGGGAGGAGGGGUUCCAGUGGAUGGCGCACCUUGACGUGGAUGAGCUUCUGGUGCCAGAAACCACCCUAGCCGCCGGCCUGGCCUCGACGCCUCCCUGGGUCGCCUGGCUGCAUGUGCUGAACCAUGAGGCGCUCGUGGAGGCGGAGGGCGUGGUGAACAAGUUUGAGGAGGUCACGCUGUUCAAGACCCAUGGGUCGGUGUUGCCUGAUAAAGCAACGGAUCUGCAGUACCGACUGCGGUUGGGCACGCAUGGGAACAAUUACCAGUUGUACUACAACGGCAAGGCUAUCGGCAGGACGGACAAGGGCCCCAUCCGCAUGUUCGGAGUGCACGACUUCACAGGACCUCGGAACGCCAUCUGGAAGCACCCCCAGCACAACCCAGAUGGGGAAUUCCGCGCCCAAAACGCGUCCUUCUUGCUGCUACAUCUGCAGUACAGCAGCUGGACGGACAUGCUGGGUAAGGCCCGGAGCUCUUGCCCGCCCGAAUACCGAGCGGCGGCGGCGGCGGGAAACAGAACCAAGGUCAAGGAGUGCUUCUGUCUAGACUUCGACCUCAACGCCUACAUGGCCGCCGUACAGGGCCCUCAGGCGGCCCGGGAACUCUGGCUCGCCACCUCUCUGUGGAGUGAGGGGGCGGUGCGCAGAGAUGGGGAGAAGUGCCGUGUGUAUGGGAAUGUGACGCAGCUCACAUCCUUGAUGCUUCGGGAUGGGCUGCUGAAGCGGAUCACCGGGCCUCGUUUGGUGUUGCGGGCGCAUGAGAUAGCCAUUCGGGGCAUUGCGAGGGGCAUGGGGAUACGGGUGGGGGAAGGUCCCGAAAAAGUGCGAGUGGAAGGGAGGGGAGGGGAAGGAACCGUCGCGGAUUGAACUGAGCCGGUUUAAAGUUCAGGGUGAAACGAAUGAAGGAGGAGGCUAGGAUAGUACUGUCUGUCCACGAGGUCCGAGGGUUUGGGUUAGGCGGAGGAAGACGAGGCGGAGGAAGGGAGGUGUGGGUUCAGCAUUAAGGGUCCAGCAGCUGGGCAACAUGAACUGGGCGUCCGUGGAAAGCUCGUAACUGUUUUUUCCUUAUCUGGCGGCCCGUUGGGUGCCUGUAUCCCGUCCGUCCGUGGGUCAAAGCACACGUCCAACACAUGAUCUCUUUAUCUGCUUGUUAUUCGGUAUGUUUAUAUUACCUGUUUGUGAGCGAAGGCGGGCGAUUCCGCUGGCCUACGUGUGAUUACCAAUACCAUGUCCGUUAUUGGUAUUCGUACAUUCCGUACGUGAUUACUUGAGCAUGCAAAACGUAAAAUUCCUGCGAGACACCAAGGAGUUCCCAAGUAGCUAGUGCUUCAUGCGCUAUUUGUUCCGAUAUUGCUUCGGGUUUGGAAGCCUGCGAUUUCGUAUUGACUGUGCACUUGAUGAGUCAUGAUGUGGCCUUAACUUCCCGUGUGUGGAAUGGUCAGGUUUGACUUUCUUAGCAAGGCAGUGUAGCAUGGUCGAUACAAUGGGGGUUUGGCUCAGUUGUGGACAUGUAGAACUGAACGAGAGCAUGUGCAUACUGGCUGUAUGUAUCGACCCGCAUGGGGAUCCCUCGCCUACGUCCCAUCAGGGGUCCUUCCUACCGGUCGUCGCUUGCUUCGUUGCAAUCACGGUGUACUGCAUUCUUUCCCCUCA